AUGGCGCAGCUCGGCAUCAUAACAAGACUUGGGAAGCAAUCCGGCGCUAGACGGAAAGGACAACCCGGUAUCAACAAGCCUUUUUAUACGAGAGCACUCCUGAACUUACGACCGGGCUGGUAUUUACCAAGCAGUUUCUCCAGCGACCCUGUUGUCUCAGCCAUGCGAGUGGGUGAUAAGAGCCGGCUAUUGCGCAAAAAGUCACUUUUCCGCUCCUGUGACGGCGGUAGAUCGUUUCUCAAGGAAUGUGUGAAUGCAACUGGGAAGGGAAAACAGAGGAGGGUGAUUUCAUUUGAUUGGACUUCGAAACAACAAAAGGUCUUUGAUCGGACCAAGAAGUUCUUCUCCAAGAUCCAACUGGUAGGAGGAGAUCCAACCAUUCAGUAUCACCUAGCCGUGGAUGCGUCAGAUCGUGGGAUCGGAGGAGUAUUAUUUCAAAUGCGAAACCGGGCCGUGGGCAGUUCCUAUGGGAGAGAAAUGGACCAGAAACGGCUUAGAUUUGCGUUGCGCCCUCUUGGCAUGAAAGACAUUCACGAAGACGAGGAUUAUGUUCCAGAUCUUAAGAAUAUCGUUCAGGUCAUCAUCAUGUCGCUGAGUAUCCUGGAGUUACCAUCUACAACAGGAAGCUCGGGUCAAAAUUGGUGA